AGUCACGUGACUGCUCUCUGGUAGCUACGGGCUGUGUAAAACAAAAAAGUGGUAUAUAAAAUAUUUGGUUUGCUUGUUUCUCUUUUUAUUGGAACGAUGGAGAUCGGAACAGAGAUCAGCAAGAAAAUAAGAGCAGCUAUCAAGGGCAAGCUACAGGAGCUCGGUGCCUAUAUCGAUGAAGAGCUUCCUGACUAUAUUAUGGUGAUGGUAGCGAACAAGAAAACAUCCCAACAGAUGGCUGACGACUUGUCCCUGUUUUUGGGAAGUAACACCAUUAAGUUCACAGCCUGGUUACAUGGUGUUCUGGAGAAGUUAAGAUCAGUUGCAGUUGAGCCUGGAUCUUCAAAAAAUCAACUAGAGUCAGACGGUGGCAUGUCUGCAGGUAAAAGACGCUCUUCUGAAGGCAGCAGAGUUGAGGAAUCAAAACAGUUGACAGUUUCCAGCUCUCGGUCUGAGGCACGAGUGUCCAGUUCUGCAUAUGAAAACAGGAGGAGCUCUUCAUCAAGGCUUACGUCUGCGGUGAAACCUCUUGUGGAGCCAGUUCCCUCUGAAGCAGUUAUUGAUAUUAAACCAGACAUGGAUGAUGACCUGAUUUCAGAAAAUCAUGUAGAAACAGGAACCAGUUCUAGUCGGACACGCAGUUCAUCAAGCAGACCUAGUAUUGAAAUCUACAGACCAGGUCAAAGCAAGCUGACCUCAGUGAGCUCUGCAGAAUCACACUCCAGACAUGUGGAGAGCAGGAGCAGCAGGUCAUCCAGAAGCAGUGCCAGUAAGCCUGAGGAAUCACGUAAGCGUAAAGCCCCAGUUGCUAGCUCAGUGGUGCGGGUGAGUAGAACAGAUGAGGACAGCGAUGAUGUUGAAGACGAUGACACAAGCUAUGGUAGCAGAGGACUGUCCAGUCGUGUGUCCCUUCCCUCCAAAGCAGAGCGCAAACCUACAUUACCACCAGCUAAGCAAGCAAAUAGGAAUCUGAUUCUCAAGGCCAUAUCGGAAGCCCAAGAUUCCAUCACAAAAACCACAGCUUACCCAUUAAUCCCGCAGCGGCAGACUGUUCCUGUUGCACCUCGUACUCGUUUGUCCACUAGUGAGGAGAUGACAGCGGCUAUUCAGUUGGUCCAGGAACAUCUCCAUAGCUUAGCCCCCCGGUCCUAUGCGUCCUCAGAACUACCUCAAUCAAGAACUGUUCCCCCCAAAUCCUUAGCAUCACGUCUGCAAAUGGAUUCUAGGGAGGGUGGUGAAGCACGGGAGCAAGGGGAAUAUGGCCCUGAUACUCGUUCUUUUAUCAUGAGUAGACCACAACUAGAAGAGCCGUCAGCUGUCAGAACUCUGCAGGACAUCUCAGCUCUGCCUCGCACCGUCCAAUCCGGUAAGGAGCCUGGGGAAUCUGCAAGUCCAAAGUUUAUAGUUACUCUGGACGGCGUGCCCAGCCCAGUGGGAAACUUUACAGGUUUUGAAAUGGACAUGGAUGAUGUCAGACCUCCUCCAAGGGAAGGAGUCAUUGAGAGCAACAGUCAAGCCUCAGUCAGCGUCCUUCAGAGACUGCAAGGAAAUGCGUUGAUUGAUGAUGAAAUUAUCGAUUAUGGAGAAAUGGACACGGAGAACAUCCCAACUAAAAGACAAAAGGUUUCGGAACGUUGCAAGUUCUGGCCAGCCUGUAAAAGUGGAGACGAGUGUCCAUACCAUCACCCCACAACUCAAUGCAAGACAUUUCCCAACUGUAAAUUUGGAGAUAAAUGCCUUUUCAUCCAUCCAAAUUGUAAAUAUGACGCCAAGUGUACAAAGCCCGAUUGUCCUUUCACUCACGUCAGCCGAAGAAGUACAGCUAAUCCUCCACCAAGACCAGUGCCACCAGUACAGACUACUACCGUGUGUCGCUUUUUCCCUCAGUGUAAGAAAAUGGACUGUCCAUUUUAUCACCCAAAGCCUUGUCGCUUUGCUGCACAGUGUAAACGAGUUGGAUGUUCGUUCUACCAUCCCACCACAUCUUUACCACCAAGACACGCACUGAAGUGGACUAAAGCUCAGCCCAGUUAAUCUUCCCCAGAGAAUAAGGAGGAUAAAAAGAGGACUCUUCUGGAUGUUCUUUAUUGUUUUAUUGUAUUGGGAUGAUUUUUUAUGUGUUUUCAUGAGCAAGUUCAUGUCCUAAAAAUAUUAAAAAUGUGCCACACUGACAA